AUCAUUCUAUAUCAUUAUAUUGGUCAGGUCAACCAACCGUCCACUUCACUGCCGAAAUGUCCGCCCCUCACUUCUCAAAUUCCUAUUAUUUUCUGUAGCCAAAUCAACUCAACCGAAAAAGAAUCAGUUUUCGGCAUUCUAAUGGCGGAGGCCAAGCUUUUUGAACUUAACAAUGGCACUAUGCGUGUAAUCGUCUCCAAUUAUGGAUGCACCAUCACCUCUGUCUUUGUACCAGACAAACAUGGAAAAUUGGCCGAUGUAGUUCUUGGAUUUGACACAAUUGAGCCAUAUCAGAAAGGAGAUUCUCCUUACUUUGGGUGUAUUGUGGGUCGGGUGGCAAAUAGGAUCAGAGAUGGGAAGUUUACACUCAAUGGAGUCGAGUAUUCAUUGCCUAUUAACAAUGGACCCAACAGUCUCCAUGGUGGGAACAAGGGAUAUGAUAAGGUCAUCUGGGAAGUGGCUGAAUAUAAGCAGGGUGAUACACCAUCAAUCACCUUUAAGUAUGAGAGUCUCGAUGGGGAAGAAGGUUAUCCAGGUGAUGUUUCUUUCAGCGCGACGUACACGCUCACAUCCAAGACUACAAUGAGGCUCGACAUGGAAGGUGUGCCGAAGAAUAAGGCAACGCCAAUCAACCUUGCACAACACACCUAUUGGAAUCUAGCCGGUCAUGAAUCUGGAACAUUUCUAGAUCACACUAUUCAGAUAUGGGCGGAUCACAUCACCCCCGUAGAUCAGAACACUGUUCCAACCGGUGAGAUCAUGCCUGUCAAAGGCACGCCAUUCGACUUCACUACUGCAAACAAGAUUGGCAGCCGUAUCAACGAGGUUGGUAUAGGCUACGACCACAACUAUGUUCUCGACUGCGGGGAGGAAAAAGCAGGCUUGAAGCACGCUGCAAAAUUGAAGGAUCCUGCUAGCUCGAGGACUCUUGAUCUGUGGACCAAUGCUCCUGGUAUGCAGUUUUACACUGCAAAUUACGUGAGCGGCAUUGUUGGUAAAGGUGGUGCUGUGUAUGGAAAGCAUUCGGCCGCUUGUCUGGAGACCCAGGGAUUUCCAAACGCCAUCAACCAGCCAAACUUCCCUACCAUUGUCGUCCAACCGGGAGAGAAGUACAGUCAUAGUAUGGUGUUUGAAUUCUCAACCGAGUAGGGUAUGUUCAAGUGUGUCAAUGUAAGUUUGAAUUCUUAUUAGUAUCAGAGUUAUGCUAAGAGUACUAAAAUAAGUAGUACUACAUCAGUGCAUAUGGCCUCUAUUUUUUAUCUGGGAUUUUGAGUGAUCAAGUUUAACAAUUUCAACUGCA